AUGACCAACUCCUGCUGCUUGCCUUGCUGCCAGCCUUCCUGCUGCACAACCAUCUGCUGUAAGCCAGCAUGUGUGACAAGCUGCUGCCAGCCAUGCUGCAAGCCUAGCUGUUGUGAAACCACCUGCUGCACGACCACCUGUUGUAAGCCAACCUGUGUGACCACCUGCUGUCAGCCCUGCUGCAAGCCCAGCUGCUGUGAAACCACCUGCUGCAAGACCACCUGCUGUGAGCCAACCUGUAUUACCAGCUGCUGCCAGCCCUGCUGCACAACCACCUGUUGUAAGCCAACCUGUGUGACCACCUGCUGUCAGCCCUGCUGCAAGCCCAGCUGCUGUGAAACCACCUGCUGCAAGACCACCUGCUGUGAGCCAACCUGUAUUACCAGCUGCUGCCAGCCCUGCUGCACAACCACCUGUUGUAAGCCAACCUGUGUGACCACCUGCUGUCAGCCCUGCUGCAAGCCCAGCUGCUGUGAAACCACCUGCUACAAGACCACCUGCUGUGGGCCAACCUGUAUUACCAACUGCUGCAAGCCCUGCUGCAAGCCCAGCUGUUGCAAAACCACCUGCUGCACAACCACCUGUUGUAAACCAACUUGCAUGACCAGCUGCUGCCAGCCAAGCUGCUCUAAAACUACCUGCUGCAAGACCAUAUGUUGUAAGCCAACCUGUGUGACCAGCUGCUGCUGUCCACCCUGCUGCCAACCGAGCUGCUGUGAGACCACCUGCUGCAAGACCACCUGCUGUAAGCCUACCUGUGUGACCAGUUGCUGCUCUCCACCCUGCUGCCAACCCAGCUGCUGUAAAACCACCUGCUGCAAGACCAGCUGCUGUAAGCCAACCUGUGUGACCAGUUGUUGCUGCACACCCAGCUGCCAGCCCUGCUGCUGUGAGCCCUGCUGCUGCCAGCCCUGCUGCUGUCAGCCCUGCUGCUGCCAGCCCUGCUGCUGUCAGCCCUGCUGCUGCCAGCCCUGCUGCUGUGAGCCCUGCUGCUGCCCAGCCUGCUGUGAAAACACCUGCUGCUAG